GCACUGAGGGGGUCUGCGAAGGAUCAAUUCGACUGCUUUCCUGCCACUCGAUGGAUGACCCGGUCAGGGGGGGAGAUCGGCCGGUGAGAAAUUCCCAUCUUCAACUCAAAAGUGUGGGUGGCUGUCGAUCCCAGACAAACAAGUCAAACUGCGACUUCUGGAUUUAUCCGGCGGCCCCUUGCUUCCAAUUAUUUCGCCUUCCACCCCCUGCGUCCCCGUCGCCAUUGCCUUCGCCUUGACUCUUCUCGUUGGACACGGCCAUCGCUGAGGUAGUAGACGUUCCAUGCGGUAGGAUGAAGAGAGCGACACUGCGCGUCCCGGGCCUCGGAGGCAAAUCCAACCCCGUAUCACGGGCACAUUCGGCUCUUUCCCGCCUGACAUCGCGGAAUUUGCCUCUGACCUUCGACUAUCUACAUCCUCAACCCUCUCAUCUCCUGGAUUUGACGUUGGGAGACCUUCUCCCGCAUGCUCGGCGCCGGGGGGGAGACAACUCGAUUCUUCCCUCGGUGGAAUCCGCCAUCCCCCUACCGGUAGGCCAUCAUUUGGUUUAUUUUCCUCCUCAGGUUACGCUCUCGCAGCUACUGGCCGAUGGCACCGAUACUCUUCAUAGCCCAGGGGAGCCGUUCAACAGGCGUUUGUGGGCUGGCGGGAGAGUCAGAUUCCCGACCCGUAGUGGAUUGGUGCUCGACGGUAGUCGAGCCGUCUGUAUCGAAACGAUUCGCGAUAUAGUGACCAAAGGACGAUCGGGGGAGGAGAAAGUCAUUGUCAGAAUAGAGAGGCGCAUAGGAACAGUCCAGGAGUCUGAGCAAGAAACCGAUAUUCGCGAUCGCCUUUGGCGGGAGAGUGAAGAAGAUUGUGGGCAGUCGUCCAUCAUCGAACACCGAGACUUGGUUUUUAUGCGUGAGAAGUCUCUCGAAGAACUAGAUCGCGACCGGGUGGGUUUUCAGAAGCGCCAGCGAAUUGUAAAAUCCCCGUCGGAUCCUGAAGUCCGUCACAAUGUCACGCCCACCAAAGCCUUACUAUUCCGCUACUCUGCGCUCACGUUCAACGCCCACGCCAUUCAUCUUGACGAGGCAUAUACGCGGGACGUGGAGGGCUUCCGAGGCCUUCUCGUCCACGGUCCUUUGACCUUGACCCUGCUACUGGCGGCGAUCCAGCCCUAUUUGGCCAACUCCGGUCGAACGAUUCGAGAGAUUGAAUACAGAAACCUCACACCUUUGUACGCCGGGGAGAUGUUGUCAAUAUGUGGGAAACCCAAGCUAGCCAAGCACAAUGCCGCUUGGGAUGUGUGGAUUGAAGGGAAAGAUGGAGGCCUCGCCGUUCGAGGUACGGUGAGAUUUGACACCAUGUAGUAUCGAAAUAUCGGCAUGUUUCGGGGUCUGACCCUCUUUGAGGUACAUGGUAUCUUGAUGGUUGAUAGCAGGGUCACAGAAGCUGACAAUUGUAUACCUACAUACGGAGCAUUCGGCGGGAAAAACAUAUAUAUUUUAGUAUAUUGAGAUGUCACUCCAGUAGCCGAACAGGAUCGGA